CACAGGUACCUGUUGGAGGUCCGGGACAGGCGUGGGGCCUCUCCCUUUGGGCUGGGGGUCUCAGGCAGGCUGGCUUGUGCACUCUCCCCCCUUUGGACUGGGGUCUCAGGCAACAGGCAGGCAAUCUCCACCUUAUGCUGGGGUCUCAGUCAAGGCUUGCAGGCAAUCUACCCCUGGGCUGGGGGUCUCCGGCAGGCUGGCAGGCAAUCUCCCCCUAGGCUUGGGGGUCUCAGGCAGCUGGCAGGCGAUCUCCCCCUAGGCUUGGGGGUCUCAGGCAGCUGGCAGGUAAUCUCCCCUCAGCUGGGGUCUCAGGCAGGUGGCAGGCAA